AUGGCAAAAAUGUUCCCGGGAUUCUGGACUACCGAACCAAACGCUGUUCAUUACUGUCUUCGAGCAUCCUUGAAUGCCGUAAAUGAGCUACGACAGGUUAUCCUUAACGCUCUCCUUUCUUUGGAGGGUCUUAUUAUUCUUCGAAUACCUCCAUCUCUUCUCCCCGACUUAGUUAAUAUUAUGACCGAACUUGGAUUCAACACACACCCUCGCAAACUUCUCUUGUUGGCAAUCACGGAUACUCUGGUCUUCCCCGAGGAACCCACAAAACUACGAAAUUGUCCCGGAAUAUUCCCAUUUCUCGCUGACAUUCAAAGUGCAUCUAUAUAUAUGCGCCGCUGCCUUCGGCAGCGCUUCUCCCAAUUCGCCUUCCAGUGUUUGGAGGCCUCCACUAUUGCCAAUGCUGCUGAACUUGAUACCCUAACUGAGGUCAUUGAGUGGCUUCCAGAGUUCUGGCUUCGAUGUGUCACAGCCUCGACAUGGAAUAAUUUUAAUGACAACCUGACCCACACAUCGGCCUUUGUUCUAUCGCCCUUUAGACUUCUCGCGUGCCCGUUAACUCUUCAAGCCUCUUCCACAUGGUUUCGUGAAGUCUGCGACUCCGAGGGUAUCUUCCGUCGCAUCGACGAAUCAAAUAGAGAUCUUGUACGAUGGCUGGUCACCACAUGGCCCUGGCCAAAUGAAAAACUACCGUUAGUAUUCGCCCCCUUUGAGCGGUCAGGUGUCCCAGCUGAUUCUAUUAUGACAUCUUCCGCUUCCUCAUCUGCCUCCACAUCGAUGAUUAUGUACGAUUCCAGUGCAUCUUUGCCAGCGCUGCUCUCCGCUACGGCUUCGGGCAGUGGCGCAGUAGGGAGUGGAAGGCAUGUGCGUAGGAUCUCACCUUGCCCGAUUUCGAGACGAUGA